AUGCUAUCCAUCUGCUCUAACCCUCUAUCCCAGGUAUGCCUGGAUAGGUUUCUUGCAAGACAACUGCUCGAACAACAGGCCGCAAGCCCAACUCAGCAAACUCCGCAAGCUAGAGUCAGCGAUAUCCAGAAGACCUGGUCGAGCCCAUAUCCCAGGAUAGGCCGCAGCUCAUUGUCACUCACAUGUGCGGAAUUCCGGUCUAAAUAUGACGUUAUACAGCCGGAUGAGACGGUAGAAGAGGAUACCGUGGUAUUACAUGGGAGGAUACGCUCUCAAAGAACUGCCGGAAAGAAGUUGGUAUUCUUCGACCUUGUUCAUAAUGGACACAAGGUGCAGGUGCUCUGCAACCAGCGCGUGGUAGGAGAAGCUGGAAUAUCCCCGGAGAAGUUUAAGGAGUUCUACCAUCUACUCCGCCGUGGUGACUCUUUCUCUGUGACCGGCAAACCACAUCGAACUGGCCGAGGAGAAUUAACUGUCAAGACGACGGAGCUCCCAAAGCUCAUAUCGCCGUGUCUGCAUGAUGUGCCCGUCCACCAAAAGGAGCUUGAGAUAUCUCCAUAUGAGCGCCAUGUUGAACUGCUUUCCAGUCCUAGUGCCGCCAACAUUCUUCGAGCUCGAUCGCUGAUAACACAUUCCAUGAGAAACUUCUUCGCCAACAGGGAAUUCAUGGAAGUUAACACCCCAAUCCUUGCGUCAAAGUCAGGCGGUGCCAUUGCCCAGCCCUUUGUCACGAGUGCUACCGAAUUCCCUGAUCGACCAUUGUCACUUAGGAUAGCUCCCGAGCUGUGGCUUAAACGACUAGUAGUUGGAGGGUUCGACAGGGUGUUUGAAAUCGGGCCUUCAUUCCGCAACGAGGGCCUUGACAAAACGCAUAACCCGGAGUUUACCACGUGUGAAUUCUACCAAGCCUUUGCAGAUCUUGAAUCCCUGAUCGAGACCACAGAGUCACUGCUCUCAACCCUAGCCUUGGAGGUCCAACAACUGAACAAGAAAUUGAACAACUCACUAAGCCCGACAACAGUGAGCUUUACAGGGCCGUAUCGACGGGUUGAUUUUAUCCCUGCCAUCGAGGAGGCGAUUGGUAGGAAAUUACCCGACCUGCAGUCCGAUAAUGCUCUAUCACAAGUCAAGGAGAUAUUUGCAAACCUCUCGCUCCCUCUACCGGCCCACGAGACUCUUCCCCGGCUUCUCGACAAACUCUGUUCAACUUAUGUCGAAUCGCAGCUGAUCGAGCCUACUUUCAUCAUGAACCACCCUGAAUGCAUGUCCCCGCUAUCUAAAUCAUACCGCCAUCCAGAAAGUGGACAGAUUGUGUCAGCACGAGCCGAGCUGUUUGUCGAGGGUAAGGAGAUAAUGAACAUGUAUGAGGAGGAAAACUCUCCCUUUGAGCAGCGACGGAAGUUCCAGCAGCAGUUAUCCUUCCGAGACCCUGAGAAUGCAGGCGAGCUUGACGAGGGAUACCUCCAGACACUUGAGUGGGGGUUACCACCUACUGGAGGUUGGGGGUGUGGCAUCGACCGUCUUUGUAUGCUGUUCACAGGUGCCCGACGGAUCAGUGAUGUGCUGAGCUUUGGCAACCUCCGGAGUGUGACAGCCACGUCCGAGCCUGGGCCUUCCUCGAGGCAGUGA